AUGUUAGGGGGAUUCAGUCAACACAGGAGUCUCCUGAACAGUGUCCAACUCCUGGGGCUCCAGGAGGGCCUGUCCCCAUCUUGGGGCCUGCCCCCGUCUCGGGGCUCCAGGAGGGGCCUGCCCCCCGUCUCGGGGCUCCAGGAGGGGCCUGCCCCCCGUCUCGGGGCUCCAGGAGGGGCCUGCCCCCCGUCUCGGGGCUCCAGGAGGGGCCUGCCCCCCGUCUCGGGGCUCCAGGAGGGGCCUGCCCCCCGUCUCGGGGCUCCAGGAGGGGCCUGCCCCCGUCUCGGGGCUCCAGGAGGGGCCUGCCCCGUCUCGGGCUACAGGAGGGGCCUGCCCCCCGUCUCGGGGCUACAGGAGGGGCCUGCCCCCUUGGGGCUGCAGGAGGGGCCUGCCCCGUCUCGGGGCUACAGGAGGGGCCUGCCCCCCGUCUCGGGGCUGCAGGAGGGGCCUGCCCCCGUCUUGGGGCUACAGGAGGGGCCUGCCCCCCGUCUUGGGGCUACAGGAGGGGCCUGCCCCCGUCUCGGGGCUACAGGAGGGGCCUGCCCCCGUCUCGGGGCUACAGGAGGGGCCUGCCCCCGUCUCGGGGCUGCAGGAGGGGCCUGCCCCCCGUCUUGGGGCUACAGGAGGGGCCUGCCCCCCGUCUUGGGGCUCCAGGAGGGGCCUGCCCCCAUAUUGGGGCUCCGGAAGGGUCUGUCUUGGGGCUCCAGGACAGCCUGCCCCCGUCUUGGGGUUCCAGGAGGGCCUGCCCCCAUAUUGGGGCUCCGGAAGGGUCUGUCUUGGGGCUCCAGGAUGGCCUGCCCCCGUCUUGGGGUUCCAGGAGGGCCUGCCCCCAUAUUGGGGCUCCGGGAGG